CUACAUCAUCAGGGAUGCUUGAUAAUAAGUUGGCUAAGAAUGGUGCACUCCUACUAGAAGUGGUGCAAUCGAUGCGCAGAGUCGUGCAACAGCGUGUUAAGCAUGUAAAGCAUUGUAGAGGUAGUCUGGACUGACCGGACACGACGAUAAGCUGUUGCCAAAAUCUUCUGCUGCUGGUCUAGAACUGUAAAAAGCCUGGCCCAGAGGAUUGCUGGCUGUCCAAUUUGGGUACAAUGCUGCCACCUCUGUGAUGAAAUUUUGGUAACUGCCGUCACUGCCGGAGGGGGAUAGAUUUUUCGCCUGGCAGACUCCCGGAAACUUUCACCGCUCUUGCACGACUCUGCGCAUCGAUCGCAGCACUUCUAGUUGGCAUAUUGUGUAACUAACUAGACAAAAUGCAAAGAAUGGUGAAACUUUUCGUAUCUAUAAACUUUGGCCUCGGACCGCUUCAGGGACUGAUUCAUCUGACCAGUGAUUGAGGAUAGUCAUUUGAGAUGCACACAUGACAUAAAGAAAUGAAUGUUCUUGUGAAGGAGCAACUAAGAAAAAGUAAUCGAGUAUAAGCAAAUAACUGAAUGACGAAUCUGAACAUAGAAAGUCUUGAUUGUUUUGUUUGAUUUGAUAGCUCUAGUAAUAAAAUUCCAAUAACAAUUUCCGAAAAACACUUGUAUAAAUCGAGAAAGCGCACAGAGAUAAGCACGCAGAUUGUAAAAAAGGAUAGAUAUUCGUACGAAACUUGGAGCUUGAAAAAAAUGUAACAUGAACAAGAGAUGAAA